CCAAAGCACCAAAACAAAAUACCCUUUUAUUUUUUGUUUCUCUCUCUUCUUCUUCUUCUUCCUGUAAGAUUUAGGGUGUGGGCAGCAGCAGCAAAAACAGAGGAGAGAGAAAGUAAUGCAGUAGUAGUGAAGCACAAGGAAAGUGAUAGUACUGCCCCUGGUAGUUGUCCUUGCACUUACUCCUCUCAACAACAACAAUAACAACUGAUUUUUCAUCUUCUCUAAAUUCAUCCUUUUUCCCUUUCCCUUUCCUUACCAUUCCCCUUCAAUCUUUCCCAAUCAUCUUUUCACUGUGCUGUCUCAAUUUUCUUAUAGUUGCAGCAUCGUUUUCCUCAUUACCCCUCAUUCUAAUUUGUUUGCUGCAUUUUUCUCUUUAACUUGAGCAUAAUCAAUUAAUCAAUUAAUUACCGCGAAUCGAUUCCACUAUAACCCGGCCUUGGUUGUCUAUGAUGGAAGCUGGAGGCGGUGGCGGUGGCGGAGGCGAAGAAUGUUGUGUAAAAGUAGCUGUUCAUAUUAGGCCAUUGAUCGGUGAUGAAAAGCUUCAAGGAUGUAAAGAUUGUGUCACGGUUGCUCGUGGCAAGCCUCAGGUGGUAAUUGGGACACAUUCCUUUACAUUUGAUCAUGUCUAUGGGAGCUCUGCUUCUCCAUCUUCUUCUAUGUUUGAAGAAUGUGCCGCUCCACUUGUUGAUGGUUUAUUCCAGGGAUAUAAUGCAACGGUCCUUGCUUAUGGUCAGACAGGGUCAGGGAAAACCUACACAAUGGGUACAGCAUUUAGGGAAGGCGGACAUUCUGGAAUAAUUCCUCAAGUUAUGGAUGCAUUAUUCAGCAAAAUUGAAAAGUUGAAGAAUGAAACUGAAUUUCAGUUGCAUGUUUCUUUUAUCGAGAUUCAUAAAGAGGAAGUGCGAGAUUUGCUGGAUUCUUCCCUAUCGGCAAAAUCAGAAACUGCGAACACUGGGAAAGUAAAUUUACCUGGAAAACCACCAAUACAGAUCCGUGAAUCUUCUAAUGGUGUUAUAACACUAGCGGGUUCUACCGAAGUAGAGGUCAGAUCUUUGAAAGAAAUGGCUACAUGCCUUGAACAAGGAUCACUUUGUCGGGCUACCGGGAGUACAAACAUGAACAACCAAUCUAGUCGUUCACAUGCGAUCUUCACCAUAACACUAGAGCAAAUGCGCAAGCUAAGCCAUGAUAAUCCUGAAAAUGGCAAUGUCAAUGAGAGCAUGAACGAAGAAUACCUGUCAGCAAAAUUACACUUAGUAGAUCUGGCUGGGUCUGAGCGUGCAAAAAGAACAGGUUCUGAUGGAAUUCGUUUUAAAGAAGGAGUUCAUAUUAAUAAGGGUCUUCUUGCCCUUGGAAAUGUCAUCAGCGCUCUUGGUGAUGAAAAAAAGAGGAAAGAAGGUCUACAUGUUCCCUACCGAGACAGUAAAUUAACUCGAUUAUUGCAGGAUUCACUUGGUGGAAACAGCAGGACCGUUAUGAUUGCUUGCAUCAGUCCAGCUGAUAUCAAUGCUGAAGAAACGCUUAACACACUCAAGUAUGCAAACCGUGCCCGUAAUAUUCAAAAUAAGCCAGUGAUCAAUAGAGAUCCGAUAUCCAAUGAGAUGAUCAAAAUGCGACAGCAGCUUGAGUAUUUACAAGCAGAACUUUGUGCACGAGGCGGAGGAGCAUCUCUAGAUGAUGUACAGGCCAUGAAGGAGAGGAUUUCUUGGCUUGAAUCAACUAAUGAGGGUCUCCGUCGAGAACUUAGUAAAUACCGCAGUGGGUAUAAUGUUGGUGAUCAGGGUGAUACUUUGGGUCAGGAUGGAGAAAUCUGUUCAGUCAAGAGCGAGGGGCAUAAAAGACGCCAAAGUAUGGACUCAUCUGGUUUUACAAUGGGUGAGAUCGUUAUGGGUGAUUCCAAAGAUAUAGACGAAGAAACUGCGAAGGAAUGGGAGCAUAAGGUUCUUCAGAAUACUAUGGACAAAGAAUUAAGUGAGUUGAAUAAACGUCUCCAGCAAAAAGAGUCUGAAAUGAAGCUUUUUGGAGAAGCAGAUACUGAGACUCUUAAACAGCAUUUUGGAAAGAAGUUAAUGGAACUUGAGGAUGAGAAAAGAGCUGUCCAGCAAGAGCGAGACCGGCUUUCGGCUGAGAUUGAAAACCUUGCUGCUUCUUCUGAUGGUCAAACGCAGAAAUUGCAAGAUGUUCAUUCUCAAAAAUUGAAGGCACUUGAGGCACAGAUUUCUGAUAUGAAAAAGAAACAAGAGAAUCAAGUUCAACUGUUGAAACAAAAACAAAAAAGUGAAGAAGCAGCAAAGCGUUUGCAAGAGGAAAUACAAUACAUAAAGGCGCAGAAGGUUCAAUUGCAACAUAAAAUUAAGCAAGAGGCAGAACAAUUUCGAUUAUGGAAAGCUUCUCGAGAAAAAGAACUUUUACAGCUACGUAAGGAGGGUAGGAGGAAUGAAUAUGAGAGGCAUAAGCUACAAGCUCUAAAUCAACGUCAGAAACAGGUUCUCCAAAGAAAAACAGAAGAGGCUGCUAUGGCCACCAAGAGAUUAAAGGAGUUGCUUGAAGCUCGUAAAUAUUCAGCUCGUGAUAACUCAGUUGUUGCUAAUGGCAUUGGAACGAAUGGACAGAACAACGAGAAAACUAUGCAGCGUUGGCUUGAUCACGAGCUAGAAGUCAUGGUAAACGUCCAUGAAGUGCGUUCUGAAUAUGAGAAACAAACUCAAGUACGUACUGCACUUGCUGAAGAGUUGUCUGUGUUGAAGCAACUUCAAGAGCUUUCUUCAAAGGGAUUAAGCACUCCUAAAGGAAAGAAUGGGCUCUCAAGGUUAUCUUCCCUGUCACCAAAUGCAAGGAUGGCGAGAAUCGCAUCUCUGGAAAAUAUGCUGAGCAUAUCAUCAAAUUCACUUGUGGCCAUGGCUUCACAACUUUCAGAAGCAGAAGAGAGGGAACGUGGGUUUAGUAAUCGUGGCCGCUGGAAUCAGUUGCGCUCAAUGGGAGAUGCCAAGGGUUUGCUACAAUAUAUGUUCAAUUCCCUGGCAGAUACGAGAUGUCAGCUAUAUGACAACGAAACUGAAAUGAAGGAAAUGAAGGACCAGCUGAAAGAACUAGUUGGUCUUUUGAGGCAGAGUGAAACACGGAGAAAGGAGGUGGAGAAGGAGCUCAAAUUGAGAGAGCAAGCAGUUGCUGUUGCUCUCGCCACUGCUGCAUCGAAUAAUUCACCUGGAUCACUGAAACACUCAGUUGAGGAUGUGAACGGCGCAUUGUCUCCAACAGUUGUACCAGUCCAAAAGCAGCUGAAAUAUACUCCCGGUAUUGCCAAUGGACAAGUCAGAGAAUCAGCAGCAUAUAUUGAUCCCAAAAAGAUGGUGCCACUUGGACAUUUGUCAAUGAAGAAAUUAGCAGUUGCCGGACAAGCUAGUAAGCUAUGGAGAUGGAAGAGGAGUCAUCACCAGUGGAUAUUACAGUUCAAAUGGAAAUGGCAAAAACCAUGGAGAUUAUCAGAAUGGAUUAAGCACUGCGAUGAGACAAUUGUGAAGGCGAAGCCUCGGCCACAGGCGUUGACUGAUAUGAUAUAAUAUUUCAUCACGGGGUGCUUUUGUAUGAUUCGGCCUCCACGUAUAUCCACGCAUACGUCAGAGUUAGACUAGCAAUACCUAUAUAGGUUAGAGGAAUGCUAUAGACAAUAGCUCAUUAUGUAUUUUUAUGUAUGGCUUGGAGAAGUUGGUACUUUUGGUGAAAUUGGAUCUUCAAUUCUUUAGAGGUGAUAUUUUUUGGCAGAAGGGAGCAUCUUGUAAAGAAGUGUGAUGCUACGUGUUGAUGCCAAAGCAAUCAAGGGAGAACGCCGAGCUCAGAUUUCUUGUAAUAGGUUGUCUUGUUCCAUCCGACGGCUUCUAACGCUCGUUUCUUAAGGUCUUCCUUUGUGAAUAUGAAGGAUUUCUUUGACAAUUGAUAGGACAUAUAUAUAUGUAAUGGGAAUGAAGGGUGGUUUUUAUUUCCCUUUGUUGUUGUUGUGUUUUUGGUUUGUAGGACUGUAGGCAGUCUGCAGUGUGUUAAUUAAUUUUGUUAAUAUAUUGAAAAGGUAGAAAUUUGUACUAUAGUGAAAUUGGUUAAUUGUAUUAGGGUUUCCUGCUUGAUGUAUGUAGUACAUUAAUGUUUAUAUUAUAAGUGAUUGAAUUACAUGAUAAAGGUUUUCUACUUUGCUUUAAUAAGAUUGACAAAUUGAUUAUCGGA